UGACGUUAAUCUUUAUAUACCAGGAAGAAGUAGCCUACUCUGAUAUUAAUGCUACACGAACGUUGAAACGGUUGGAUUUUAUCUCCAGGACCAGUAAAAGGAAACCAUUGAAAACUAGCCUAUCACAUAUGUCAAGAGCAACAAGCAAAGACCACACCUCAGGGUCUGUUCAGGAGUGCAGAACGUUCAGAAAUCGGUCAUGUUGAGGAGACCGGGGGCAAUUGUGAUUUUGAGCCAAAAUGGAGAACUGCUGUGGAUUGGUUACUGUCAAGAAUGAACCAGUGCCUCUGAAGAGUAUUGCUGUGGAAGUGAGUGUGCAGGGGCAUGUGGCCACUGUGAGCUCCACUCUGCAGUAUGAGAACCAGGAGCAGAGCCCCCUGGAGGCCAUCUUUGUUUUCCCUCUGCCGGGAGAGGCUGCUGUCUGCAGGUUCAGCGCAAAGAUAGGACAGACUGAGGUGGUGGCUGAGGUUCAGGAGAAACAGAAGGCACAGGAGCAGUAUGAUGAUGCAUUGAGUUCGGGCCAGCAGGCCUUCCUAUUGGAGGAGAGUGAUGAGAGCCCGGACGUGUUCAAGCUGAGUGUGGGCAGUCUGCCUCCAGGGGAGAAGGCCUCUGUCAGCCUGGACUAUGUGACAGAGCUGGCUGUACAGGCUGACGACGGCCUGAGGCUCUGCCUGCCCGCCGUGCUCAACCCCCGUUACCAACCCCAGGGGUCAGACAGUGGUAGUGGUGGCAGUGCCCAGGUGUCCUCGGUGCCCGCUGGUUCUGUCCCCUACAGUCUGUCCCUCAGUGCCCAUGUGUCGUCCCCUCAUCCCAUCUCUAGAGUAGAGUCCAACUGUCCCCUGGACCCACUCAACUACCUCAACACAGAGAAAACCCAAGCCACGGUCAGUCUGGCUGCAGGUCAUCAGUUUGACCGGGAUGUUGAGCUGUUGUUGUAUUACCAAGACACCCAUCAGCCUACUGCUAUAGUAGAGGCAGCACAGGCUUCUGCCAAGCCAGGCUCUCUGAUGGGUGACCCAGUGGUCAUGCUGAGCUUGUACCCAGAGUUCCCCAAGGAUGUGAUGUCAUCUAUGACCUCACACGGGGAGUUCCUGUUCGUAGUGGAUCGCUCUGGCAGCAUGGAAUGCCCCAUGCACCUUGGGUCUGGGUCACAGGACCGUAUUAGCAGUGCCAGGGAAACUCUGCUGCUCUUGCUGAAAAGCCUGCCCAUGGGCUGCUACUUCAACAUCAUCGGCUUUGGGUCCAGUUAUGAGUCCUUCUUUCCUAAGAGUGUGGAGUACAGCCAGAAGACUAUGGAUGAGGCUCUGCAGAAGGUGAAAGAAAUGAGGGCUGACCUGGGAGGUACAGAGAUCCUCCAGCCUUUAAAACAUAUCUACAGCCAGCCCUGCCUCCCCGACCAGCCCAGACAGCUCUUCUUGUUCACUGACGGUGAGGUGGGGAACACCAAGGAAGUCCUGGAUCUGGUGAAGACGAAUGCCGGUUCUCACAGGUGUUUCUCCUUUGGGGUCGGGGAGGGGGCCAGCACUGCUCUCAUUUCUGGGGUGGCCAAGCAGGCCAGAGGGCACGCACAGUUUAUCACAGGACAGGACAGGAUGCAGCCCAAAGUGAUGCAGUCUCUCCGGUUUGCCCUGCAGCCAGCUGUGGUGGACAUCUCAGUCAAGUGGAAUGUCCCAAAGGAGGUGUCUGUCACCCCUCUGUCUUCACCAAUCAGAGUGAUUUUCCAGGGCCAAAGGGCACUUCUGUAUGCCCAGCUCACUGGGAAGAGCUCGGGGGACACAGAGGGCUCGGUGACAGUGAAGUACAGCCUGGCCAAGCAGCCUGUUGAGAACCAGCUGAGCUUCAGUCUUAAGCCUGCAGAGGACACUGGAAUGACUGUCCACAGGCUGGGUGCUCGAACCCUAAUCCAAUCCCUGGAGGUGGAAGAGAGGGAGCAGGAUGGUGAGAAGGAGGGAGCGAAAGAGAAGGUGAUAGAGCUCAGCGUCCAAUCAGGAGUGAGCAGUGCCUUUACUGCCUUCAUCGCUGUCCACCAAGGAGAUGGAGAGGCCCUGCAAGGACAGCUGCUACGCAGACAUGUCCCCACACCAAUGUUGUAUCAAAGCUGCACGUACAUGAAGCAGUCGUGUUUUAUGGCUCAGUGCAGCUCCCUGAUGAUGGCGAGUAGUCUGCAGAUGAGUGCCCCAGGCAAGUUAAAGUUGAGCAAAAAGAGUAAAUGUAAAGACUUUGACUCGCCAGCCCCAACCUCUAAGCCUGUGAGGGACCCUCUCCUCCAGCUGAUCUCCCUUCAGAAGGCCUCUGGUUCCUGGGUCCUAGAGGCAGCAUUGGCUGAGGUGCUGGUGAAGACAGAGGAGGAGGUGUCCAAGCCAAAGCCUGCACAGGUGGACCAGGAGGUGUGGGCCACGGUUCUAGCCCUGGUAUGGCUCUAUGGUUUCAAGAUGGAGGCUCAGGAGGAGUGGCAGUUUCUGGCCAUGAAGGCAGUAUCAUGGAUCCAGGCUCAGAAAGUGGCCAGUGUGUCUGAGUGUGUCCAGGCUGGAAACACCCUUCUGGGUUGCCAAGUGCAGAAAGACACCCUGGGACUCUGACAUGUUCACUCUCCCAGUCCUCAAUCUGUCCCCCAUACGCCUGCUACUCUACCUGGCGUGAGAUUUCCACACAACCCUGCCUGCUCCUAGUCCCCUACUCCAAGCAAACUGGUGGAGCUAGCAACUGUAUCCGCCUAAACAAGCCUAAUUAUCAACCUCUUACCUAUAUCAGCCUAUUGUCAUUUACUGUUGGGACACUUAUGUAUCUCAAUGUAUUGGUUGUUAUUAACAUAUCACCAUUCAUCUACGUGCUACGUAUACAGCUAAACUUGUUUAGACUUUGCUUUGGUUAUCAAUUCCAUAUAGACUACUGGAAACAAUGUGUAUGCAGUACUUGUCAUCACUAACCAAAAUGCUUGGUAAAAGGCCUUAUUAUUGUAUGUAUGCAUUAUCCACGUAUAUGAGGCCAAAUGCAUGCAGGGAGAAGUUGUGGAUAAUAUGAAAAGCCAGAUGAGUGCCUAUCUGGGUGCCUUUACUGUGUGAUCAUGUAACACUGUCUCUGUAUUCAUGUAAUUCCUCAUAUACAUUACCGUUCAAAAAUUUGGGGUCACUUAAAUAUUUUCGUAUUUUUUUAAAGAAAAGGACAUUUUUGUCCAUUUAAAUAACAUCAAAUUGAUCAGAAAUACACUGGAAUAACACAUGGAAUCAUCUAGUUACCAUAAAAGUGUUAAACAAAUCACAAUGUGAGAUUCUUCAAAGUAGCCACCCUUUGCCUUGAUGACAACUUUGCAAACUCUUGGCAUUCUCUCAACCAGCUUCACCUGGAAUGCUUUUCCAACAGUCUUGAAGGACUUCUCACAUAUGCUGAGCACUUGUUGGCUGCUUUUCCUUCACUCUGCGGUCCAACUCAUCCCAAACCCUCUCAAUUUGGUUGAGGUCUGGGGAUUUUGGAGGCCAGAUCAUCUGAUGCAGCACUCCAUCACUCUCCUCCUUGUUAAAAUAGCCCUUACACAGCCUGGCAGUCUGUUGGGUCAUUGUGCUGUUGAAAAACAAAUGAUAGUCCCACUAAGCCCAAACGGGAUGGCGUAAACAGCAUUCUGCAGCGAUAAGUGUUUCUUAAAUUCUAAAUAAAUCAGUGUCACCAGCUGGGAAAUGACUGACAACACAGCUCUUAGCUCCCUCAGUAGAUGCCUACUGGAGAACUUAUUUGUAUUGCUUUUAAUCUUUUUAAAUGAAUGUAUCUUAUUAACACUUUGUUCUAGCUAGCUAUUUGUGUAGGUAGCUAUCAAGUAAACCCACCCCCACAUCAUAACACCUCCUCCAUGCUUUACGGUGGGAAAUACACAUGCAGAGAUCAUCCGUUCACCCACACCGCAUCUAACAAAGACAAUCCAGACCAAAGGACAAAUUUCCACCGGUCUCAUGUUCAUUGCUCGUGUUUCUUGGCCCAAGCAAGUCUCUUCUUCUCAUUGGUGUUCUUUAGUAGUGAUUUCUUUGCAGCAAUGUGACCAUGAAGGCCCGAUUCACACAGUAUCCUCUGAACAGUUGAUGUUGAGAUGUGUCUGUUACUCGAACUCUGAAGCUUUUAUUUGGGCUGCAAUUUCUGAUGUUAACUCUAAUGAACUUAUCCUCUGCAGCAGAAGUAACUCUGGGUCUUCCAUUCCUGUGGUGGUCCUCAUGAGAGCCAGUUUCAUCAUAGCGCUUUAUGUUUUUUUGCGACUGCACCCCCCACCCCCCACCUUGUCACAACACAACUGAUUGGCUCAAAUGCAUUAAGAAGGAAAGAAAGUCCACAAAUGAACUUUUAACAAGGCACACCUGUUCAUUGAAAAUCAUUCCAGGUGACUACCUCAUGAAUCUGGUUGAGAGAAUGCCUAGAGUGUGCAAAGCUGUCAAGGCAAAGGGUGGCGACUUUGAAGAAUCUCAAAUAUAUUUAGAUUUGUUUAACACUUUUUUUGGUUACUACAUGAUUCCAUAUGUGUUAUUUCAUAGUUUUGAUGUCUUCACUAUUAUUCUACAUUGUUGAAGAUAGUCAAAAUAAAGAAACCAUGAAUGAGUAGGUGUUCUAAAACUUUUGACAGGUAUCGUAUGACUUCACUUGAUAAAAAUGGAUCAUAAUCUA